AUGCUGUUAUUCAUAGUAUUAUUUUGGAAUUUACAGGAAUUAAUGUCAAAAGAGAUGGCUAAACUAAAUCGAGAUGUGCUAAUGCUAAGAGAAGAUCAGGCUCCUAAAGUUGGAGCAAGCUUGAGCCAAUCUGAACCAAGGAAGAUUUCAAUGGUUGGCAUUAAACCUCACAUACCUGACUUGAAUGUGAAACCUUGUUCUGAUUCCGACGAGGAAGAAAAAGGAGAAAUUGCAAAAGAAUUUCAGAAUCUUGCAGGUUUAAAAACUCAUGAUGCCUGUUAUGUUGAUCAUAAGCUUUUGUACGAGCUUGAGGUCGAGAUCAUUGCUCGUCUACCAUGCUUUGAAUACUGGAAACUGCAGUUUCUUAACAAGAAAUUCUUGCAGUUAUUAAAGAGCUGUGAAAUUUUCAGGGUGAGAGAAGAAAGGGGACUUGUGAAACCCUAUGUGAUUUUGCAUUCAGGGGCUGUAUCUAAUUGGGAAAUGUUUGAUAAGGAUUUUAAAACCUUUCGGAGACUUCCUAAAGUUCCUUCUUCUGACUAUUGCUUUUUCCACAGCGAUAAGGAAACAGUUAGUGUGGGUACUCAACUAAUUGUCAUAGGGAGAGAAAUAGAUGGAAUUGUGGUGUUUCGCUAUGAGCUAGAGAAUCAUAAGUGGUUCAAAGGUCCUUCAAUGAUCACACCGAGGGCCAUGUACGGUUCUGCGAGCCAUGGUAAAACCGCAUUUUUUGCAGGAGGCAUUAAAAUGGAUGAAAAUGGGAACCCUAUUGUUGUGCAAACUGUAGAAAAGUAUAAUGCUGAUACAAAAAGGUGGACUAUGAUUAAUGGAAUGCAUAAAGCAAGGAAGUUCAGCUCAGGAUGUUUCUUGCGUGGAAAAUUUUACGUCCUCGGUGGCCGAGAUGAUAAUGAUAAACACCUCACUUGUGGAGAAAGUUAUGAUGAGACGACAAAUUCUUGGGAGUUGAUACCUGACAUGCUAAAAGACAUGACAGUCAUUGCGCAUUCCCAAUCUCCGCCCCUUAUUGCUGUGGUUGAUGACAAUCUAUACAUGUUAGAAACAUCUUUGAACGAGCUUCGGGUAUAUGAUAUAAACACAAAUAUUUGGAAGAAACUUGGUGUUGUCCCUGUGAGCGCAAACGCUGCCUUCGGUUGGGGGAUUGCGUUUAAAUCGAUGGGAGACAGACUUCUGGUGAUUGGAACUUCUCACUCUUGGCAUAGGAAGACAGUAGUUCACUCAUGCCGUCCUUCUCCAGACGUGGAAGAGCAGCACUGGGAAGAAAUAAAACAUUGGUGUGUUGGUGCUGAGCUCCCACAGUUUAUUCAUAACUGUUGUGUGAUGUUUGCUUAA